GCCAUCACUGCAUUUCUUUGUCUUCACAAAUUUAUUUCUACCACAACAGCUUCUCAUUACGCACCAGAUACAAUAAGAAUUAAAUACACCAUUGCAAACCCAAAACAAGAUGUCUUCAGAUUCAGAUAGUACGCCAGUACCCACAUUUUCUCCCGAGUUUAGGGGAGAGACCAAACCUGCUGAUUUUACCUCAACCGAAAAUGCCAAGCCUUCACAGCCCGACGUUCACCGACUCAAGCUGCCCAUUGAACAUCGUGACAGUACAAUAUCUACACCCGACAGCAUGAAGGUCGAAAUCGGUAGUUCUAGCGAUGGAAUUGCAGAAGCUGUCAGUCCUGUUGAAGACACGCGGGCGAAAUCUCAAGGCGGCGUACGCGAGGCCGAGGAUAACGGUAGUGAUGGAUCAUGGGAGGAGGUGAGACGUGAAGGAACCCAAGCGUCAGAGGGAGGAACAACACAAGACAACAGACCAGUCUGGGUUGGUCAUGUCGAAGAAAAGAAUUCGACACAGGAAGAGGAAAGUUCGGGAGAUAUUGCUCCGGAGUUUCGACCGAGGACUCCAAGACCUUAUGGCUCUCAUAGUGAAUGAUCGAGUUUCUGAAAGUUUUUUGGGGCCAAGGGAUUAGGAUGAUAAGGUUUCUAGCUGAUGGCAACAUUACUAUGCGAUUUCAAUUGAAUCUCAAUUCUCGUCAUCCCAACCAUCUCAUCAAGGAAGUCAUUGUACGAAAGGUUCAAGAUACCUGGAUAUUUCGACUGAAAAAUUCUUUUCAUACUCUUCCUUAGGUAUUGUUUGAGAUUACUGAAGCUUGGUCGGGAGUGCAGGAGGAAAGGCAAUUUUAUUACUUUGGGGUAUUUAUCGUUGUGCGGGUAUGGCAGAAAAUUUAUGAACUUUUUAAUAAGGAAUGAUCA